AUGGCGAAUCCGUUCCAACAAGGAAUUGGAAGAACUGAGGGGAGGACAGACCGUGGUUCGAUUCAUAAAGGCUCUAAGAAUCCGGUGGUUGGAUGUAUUUCAACCAUACAUUCAUUUCAGGUUCAAGACGCUGAUGACUUUAACCAGAGAGUAAAAAACAGCAAGAAGCCCGUGGGUCGUGGAUUUUGCACGUGGUGUAAUCCUUGUAAAGCACUUGCCCCUCGUUUGGAGAGUGUGAUUGCUGAAACGAAUGGAAAGGUAGAUCUAGCCAAAGUUGAUAUCGACGAGCAUUCAGACUUGGCUCUUGAUUAUGACGUUGGCUCUGUACCUGUCCUACUUGUAAUACGCAAUGGCAAAGUCGAGGAACGACUUGUGGGUCUUCAGGACACCGACAAACUCCGAAAGUUCAUUGAUAAGGCUGUGGCUGCAAACUACCUGCUCACCGCUCUCCUAACCCUCACCCUUGGCGCGACAGACAACCCCACUCCAUGUGACGUCAUAAUGCUCACACUUCGCCUGCCGUGUACAUGUCUCCGGAUCGCUGGAUCCCCGGCAGGUGGCGAGUUGGGCCUGGACUGUGAUCGCGUUGUGGUCCCCUCUGACUUCCCGCAUCUGCCGUACGGCGCGCCACUAGUCUACUUCACACAACGGCAUGCUGGCCUGCAGAGUCUACCUACCCCUACGUUCACAGCUGAAGAAAAAAAAAAGAAUUUCGGAGAAGAAGAAGAAGAGAAGAAGAAG